AACUGCGACUUCUGUGCCAGCGCUCGUCGGGUGCGGAUGUCUUUCUCGCCUGAGUGUCCGUGAUAAAUUUCCCCCGUUCUCUCUGGGACGCUUGUCCUCAUCUAUUUUGUCCCCCGGGCACAUUACAGGAGGGGCACCCGGUCCUGUAACCUCCGUGGCCUGGUGGCUAAAUCUCCCGCUUCACACACGGAUGGCCCGGGAUCGAUUCCCGGCGGGUGGAAACAUUUCGGCACUUUUCCUUACACCUGUUGUCAUGUUCACCUAGCAGCAAAUAGGUACCUGGGUGUUAGUCGACUGGUGUGGGUCGCACCCUGGGGGACAAGAUUGAGGACAGUCCUCGAUGACGCACUGACUUUCUUGGGUUAUCCUGGGUGGCUAACCCUUCGGGUUAAAAAUCCGAACGAAAUCUUUUCUCUUAUCGGUUUACUUUCAGCCAUGUUUUCACUUUGAGGAUAAUUCUCAAACGGUUUUCGGUGGGAAACCGGUUACUGAACUCAGGUGGCGGUGUGGGCCUCACACUGCUGGUGCUUGACAAGGAGGUCCACCGGAUCUAGUUGGAAACUUCAGGUUUAUAUUUCUAUUUACAAAGGAACUCUUUUUUCCUUUAUCUUUCAUCGCCCAGCUUUGGGAAACAAAUCAUCACCGAACAUCGGGAAGUCGGGUUCGAUACUGUGUAAGCCGUCAGGGGCCCUGAUAAACCCAACAAACAAACAAAAACAAUGGCUGAGUUUGGGGCUCAUAUUACCGUCACAGCGAGGACACGUCCCUCGAUAUUUGACGUUGUGGCUCAGGAUGGUCUUAUGUCCACCCUACAACCGGCUGUGACACAUGUCAUGAAGGUGGUAGCGGAAAGCAAUCCUGAGAAAUACGAGUGGUGUUUGAAAUAUUCCAGUGAAAUAUUUGCAGCAUUUAAUCUUAUUUUACAGCAUCACUACUUAUCAAAUUAUG